AUCGUGGCUAGAGUCCCACCGUCCACGCACACACAUAAUGGUAUAAAUAUAAGUCUUCAUUCCUCCUCUCAUUAUUCAAAACCAAGGCCUUCACAUAUUCUUCCAUCAUAGCAUUUCGGCAAUUUGACACCGGAAGUUGUUCCGCGUCGACCAACAUGCCCGCCGCCGCCGCCGCCGUCGCCGCGGCCGAUGUCCCCGCCGCUCCGCACCUGCUCGUCUAUCCCUUCAUCUCCUCCGGCCACAUCAUCCCCCUCCUCGACCUCGCCGACCGCCUCGUCCGCCGCGGCGUCCGCGUGACCGCCCUCGUCACCCCCUUCAACCAACACCUCCUUCUCCCCCUCCUCUCCGAACACCCCUCCCUCUUCCACCCGCUGGUCAUCCCGGCCCCCGACAUCCCCUGUGGCACCAAAAACAGCCUCAUCGUCAAGAUCCUCUCCAUGCGCCACCACCACUACCCGGCGGUCCUCGAGUGGUUCCGUUCCCACCCCUCGCCACCGAUCGCCAUUUUGUCCGACUUCUUUCUCGGGUGGACCCGGCACCUGGCCUCGGAGCUCGGCAUCCCCCGCAUCGUGUUCUCGCCCUCCGCCGCCUUCUCCGUGUCCAUCGAGUUCUCGCUCUGGCAAAACCUACCCAAGAACGGCGGCAGCAGCGACGAUGAUGACUCCACGGUUACCUUCCGCGACGUGCCGAACUCGCCGACGUACCGGUGGUGGCAGAUCUCGCACCUGUUCAGGAUCUACAAGGAUGGAGACGCCGACAUGGAGUUUUACAGGCAGGGCUGGCUGGAAAACGCGGGAAGCUGGGGCGUCGUUUUCAACACGUUCACGGAGUUGGAGAGAGUCUACGUCGACCACAUGAAGGGGAAGUUCGGGCCAGGCAGGGUCUGGGCCGUGGGACCGCUCCUGCCGCCGGUGGAUGACUCGGUGAGCCCGGCCGGCCGGGGCGGGUCCAGCUCGGUCCCGGCCGAGGAGGUGCUGAAGUGGCUCGACGGCAGGGAGGAGCGCUCCGUCGUGUACGUGUGCUUCGGGAGCCGCACGGCGCUGGCGAACGACCAGAUGGCGGCGCUGGCGGCCGCGCUGGAGAUGAGCCGGGCCCACUUCGUGUGGUGCGUGAGGGAUACCGCCGACUGGCAGGUGCGGGACGGCCACGGGCUCCUGCCGGACGGGUUCGAAAACCGGGCGGCGGGGCGGGGGCUGGUGAUCCGGGGUUGGGCCCCGCAGGUGCCGAUACUGAGGCACCGCGCCGUGGGCGGGUUCCUGACGCACUGCGGCUGGAACUCGGUGCUCGAGGCGAUCGGCGCCGGGGUGGUGAUGCUGACGUGGCCGAUGGGCGCGGACCAGUACACGGACGCGAAGCUGCUGGUGGACCAGCUGGGCGUCGCGAUCAGGGCGUGCGAGGCCCCGGGCGACGCGGUGCCCGACCCCGCCCGGCUGGCCCGGGCGCUGGCCGAGUCGCUCGACGGGACGAGGCCGGAGAGGGGCCGGGUCGAGAGGCUGAGCAAGGCGGCGGCGGACGCGGUCGACGGAGGAAGCUCGGACGAGGAUUUGGAUGGAUUCGUGAAGAGCUUGACGAAGCUUCAAUGUGGAAGAAGUGACGCCAGGGUUGACGAAGAGUGUUGACGUGGCUUGUUCCAAUUUGAUUGGCCAACGCUGUAGUGUUAUUUUUAUUUUUUAUCCUUUUUCAUACUUAUUCUUCAACUUCUUUUUUUUCUGUAAAAGUGAAUAUUUAAUACUUAUCCCAGAGACCAAGGAGGCAAAGGAAAGAGAGUAUUCCUUUUUUUAAAAUUCUUUUAUUAGUUGGAGGAUUGCUUAUUUAAUAGAGUAUAGAAAAUAAAAUAGAUAAUUCAUGAACUUUAGCUCAAUUUACAAUAUCGUUCCGAAUUUUUAAUUUGUUCAAUGUGAUUUUCGAAUUUUAGCCAA